AUGAAACCAGAACUUUCCAUAUCGAAUCCAAAUCCGCGGAAGCUGCCUGGACCUGAACUGCUACAUGAGCUGGUUCCGCGAGAGCAGAGGCUGGGUAUUGCGGCAAUCGAGCAUGCAGCAGAAGAUGGAUCGAUUGUCAGCCUGAAUUAUGGCGAACUCCAUCAAAACGCGGAAGCCUUGGCACGACGGAUUGUCGAAGCUGCCAAACACGGUCCACAUCAAGGUGAUCGAUUCAUCGUUCCGAUACUGAUACCGCAGUCUCUGGAUCUGUACAUAUCACAGUUGGCCUCACUCCAGGCAGGUGGUGCCUUUUGCCCCAUCGUUCUGGACGCUCCUGAAGAGAGACUUCGAUUCAUUCUGCAGGACACGGGGGCAAGUGUCCUACUCACGACUGCAUUCUACCAACAACAAUUACCGACUUUCGAUGGCAUCGAAGUCAUUGCCGUCGAUGAUGGCCACCGAACGACAGACACCGAACCACUUAAUCUGCAUACUACACCGCAAGAUGCAGCGUAUGUAAUGUAUACCAGUGGCAGCACUGGACAACCAAAGGGGGUCAUCAUUUCACAUUCAGCAGUGACGCAGGCGUUACUGGCACACGAUGAGCACAUACCUAAAUUCUCAAGAUUCUUGCAAUUCGCUAGCCCAACGUUUGACGUCUCAGUCUUUGAGAUCUUCUUUCCUUGGUACCGACAAUGCACACUGGUCAGCUGCGAUCGGAAACGAUUGCUCAACGACUUGCCCGCAGCAAUCAGCGCCCUUCGCAUCGACGCUUGCGAACUGACGCCUUCCGUCGUGAGCAGCCUCCUCAGGGGACGUGCCAGCGUUCCUUCGCUGAAGGUUCUUCUGACAAUUGGGGAAAUGCUAAAACCAUCUGUCGUAGAAGAGUUCGGCGGAAGCAGCUCAGAACCGUCUCUACUACAAGGCAUGUAUGGUCCAACUGAGGCCACUAUUCAUUGCACACUCCAGACGAACUUCCCCAAAGAUAUGGCUUGUGGAAUGAUAGGCGUGCCACUGGAAACAGUGUCGGCUUUUGUAGUCAAGAUUCCGGACGAGAGCUCGAGCCAGCCCCAACACUUAGAGAUCGUCGACCUGGGCGAAGAAGGCGAGCUUGCUGUGGGAGGUUAUCAGCUGGCAGAUGGCUACCUCAAUCGCGAAGAGCAGACCAGAGCUGCUUUUGUCGAGCAUCCCCAGCAUGGCUUGCUGUAUCGCACAGGUGAUCGAGCUCGGAUGCUGUCAAAUGGAAAGUUUGAAUGCUUGGGACGCAUCUCGAAUGGUCAAGUGAAGCUGCGUGGACAGCGGAUCGAAUUGGGCGAAGUCGAACAUGCUGCGUCAAGGGCGCCUGGCUGUCGAGACGUGGUCGCCGAGGUCAUUCAAGGCAUCUUGGUGGUCUUUUGUGUCUCUGAGAACGCUUCAGCUACCAGGUCGUCCGUGUUGACGACUUGUCGAAAGUGGCUGCCCUCGUUCAUGGUGCCAGGUGAAGUUAUCAUCUUGGAUGCCUUGCCGUACCUGCCAUCGGGAAAAUGCGACCGCAAAGCCUUGCGGCAACAAUUCAUGGAGGAUCAAGAUCAUGGCGAAGAGGAGGUCACCCAGUAUGGCGAGGUUGCAAGGCGGGUGAUUGAUGUUAUCGCUGACGUACUCAACGCUGAAGUCAACGCAAAAUCGUCUCUGUCCGGGCUUGGGGUUGACUCACUAUCGUCAAUUCGGAUCACAGCAGCACUGCGCAAGGCAGGGUUGCGACAGCUUGACGCAACCGACAUACUGUCUGCGAACACGCCCCUCGAGAUCGCACAGAAGCUCGAUAGCGACGAACAAGACCACAUCGGGGCCACGAACGGAAGCCCUCAUCGACGUGCAGUUCAAGAAGCCCUUUCUCAGGCAAUUGGCCCUGAACUGCUCACAGAAGUCGAGGACUUCUUCCCCUGUACUCCGGUGCAGAUCGCCAUGCUGACCGAAACCCACAAGCAACCCGAUGCAUAUUGCAACUGGGCCGAAUUCCAAGUGACCGGUUCUUCCAACUGCUCGGAUGUCAUGGAGGCGCUUCAUGAAGUCGUUCGCAUUCAUCCAAUGCUGCGAUCGGGCUUUGUACCUAUCAGUAGCACUCAGUGGAGCUUUGCAACAGUCAUUUGGACACAUUUGAGUCCGCAUCAAGUCAUCGAGACAACCGCUUUCAACUAUGACUUCAACUUGAAGAAUGAUGCCGACUUUCUCCAUACCAACAGCUUUCAAGUGAUGCAAACCCAAGACGGCAUUCAUGUCCUGCUCAAAGCUCAUCAUGCCGCCUUUGACCAAUGGUCACUCGAUCUUCUGAAAACUCAUUUCGAGGCUAUAUUGGCAAAUCAGCAGCUCCCGACUCUACACUCCUUCGGUCUAGUCGUCGACUACCACGCUGAAGCACUGCGAGACGGCGUGCCACCCUCAACAAUGGACUUCUGGCAACAAGUGGUUCGAGAUUCAAGCCCGACCACUCUACCACUGCUGCAAGCGCAGGAAGUGCCUCCCUCACUCUCUCGAACAAAGUGGCGGAACCUCGACCAAGAUGCCUCAUCAUUGAGACAACUUUCGCAGCAGCUCAACUGCAGCCUGCCCGCCAUUUUGCAGGCGGCUUGGGCACUGCUUCUUGGAUCCUACACCGGAUCGUCUGACAUCACGUUCGGCUGUGUGUUUUCAGGCAGGAACCUCCCAGUCAGCGGCAUCGACGAGGUCUUUGGACCAUGCCUUGCGACUUUACCUCUACGAGUCGAUACUGACACCGCGGAUACCUGUACCGACCUUGUCGGAGCCUUGACUGAGCGUACUCGAGCAAUGCAGAAGCACAUCUGGACACCUACAACUGCCAUUCGACAAGCUGCGGGAGUCACGCCAGGGAUGACGCUUUUCGAUACUCUAUUCAUUUGGCAGGAGAGUAUUUUCAAUGAUGAUAUACAGGGCAGCAGGGUCAAGCUGGUUGACUCUCGAGAUCAACUGGAGUUCAACUUAAUUCUCGAGUUCGAGCCAACGCCCGAAAAGAUCAAGAUGCGAGCGACUUACCAACAGAGCUUGAUCAGCUCGGAGCAGGUUGAUAUACUGCUGCGCCAGCUCAACGCACUUGCUUCGGCCAUAGCUACCUCACCACAACGUUCUUUGAAGGACAUGUGGUCUGCUGUCAGUUCAGGGGUGCUGUCGAUCGCGAACCCAAAUCCCAGCAAAUACAGCGACAAGUUUGACUUGACUUCUGUCAUCCAGCGACAUGCAACGGACGAUCCAUCCGCAACGGCCAUCUUGUUUGCAGAAUCGAUCACCGAGGAUGGCUUCAAUACGACAUCCAUCUCGUACCGAGAGUUAGAUGCAAAGGCAAAUCGCAUGGCUCAUGUCUUCAUCGAGGCAGGCUUGAAACCAGAGGGGUUAGUGUGUAUAUGCAUGGCAAAGUGCAUCGACCUUUACGUCGCUAUGCUGGCAUCUUUCAAGGCUGGCGCUGGAUACCUCCCGCUUGUGCCCGACACUCCAGCAGCAAGGGCGAAAUCUGUGCUUGCGCAAACCACGAUCGACAUGUGCGUAUGCGAUGCCGAUACUACCCAGAAUUUCGAGAGGUUGACGACAGCUCCGGUCUUAGACAUGUCCAGAACCAACUUGACAAAGUACCCUAGAAGCCCUCCCGCAGUUACUCAAUCUGGUUCCCGAAUUUCGUAUGCUGUCUUCACUAGUGGCUCAACCGGCGAGCCAAAGGGCGUCGCUGUGACCAUGAACAAUCUGAAAGGAAAUUUAGGCGUCCUCGGCGAGCUCUACGAAGUGCGACCAGGUGACCGUCUACUCCAAGCAUGCUCUCAGGCCUUCGACGUGAGCGUAUUUGAGAUCUUCUUCGCUUUCUACAGCGGCAUGUGCUUGUGUACUGCUACAAAAGAGAUCAUGUUCAGCGAUUUCAAACGCAGUAUACGAGAAUUUGGAGCCACUCAUCUGUCUCUCACGCCCACUGUUGCUGCUCUGGUUCGACCUGAAGACGUUCCAAGUGUCAAAUUCCUGGUCACUGCUGGCGAAGGGAUUACAGAGAAAGUACACAGGCUGUGGUCCGGCCGAGGCUUACACCAAGGAUAUGGUCCCUCUGAAACGACAAAUAUCUGCUCUGUAAAGAUGCAUCAUUCUCCCCAAGAUAUCCUGGGCAACAUCGGACCGCCGUUUCGCAACACUUCUGCCUUCGUGCUAUCUCCUUCAGAGGGGUUCAACAUUCUGCCAGCUGGUGCAUACGGCGAGUUUGCGUUUGGAGGCGAACAGGUGUUUCGAGGAUACAUCGGCCGCGAAGACCUCAACUCUAUCAAAAUCAUCGACCACCCUCAGUACGGUCGGGUUUACAAGAGUGGUGACAUGGGCCGCAUACUUCCAGAUGGUACACUGCUGAUCUCAGGUCGGCUGGACGACCAAGUCAAAAUCAGGGGUAACCGUGUGGAACUCGGCGAAAUCAACGCGAUCGUGUCUGAUCAUCCGGAGGUCCUUGAUUGCACCACCAUCGUGCUCGGCGAGGGCAGUUCAGCACAGGCUUUGGUAACAUUCUUUGUGCCUGCUUCUUGUCGACGUGACUCAGCAUCUAGCCUUUCCGUUGCUGAUGUUCCUUCAGCUACCAUCUCUGAGAUCUUUGGUCGACUUGAAAGCGCUCUUCCCGCAUACAUGCUGCCAAGCACACUCGUUCCCGUCGACGAGUUGCCCAUCACAUCUCAGGGCAAGCUUGACAAGAGGCUUCUGCAACAGGCACUGAACAGUCUUGACAGGUCAAACCGCGACAGAUACUCACGCUCACACGAAGUGAGCUCCGGAGACCAACCUGCAUCAUCGAUGGAGGUUUCGAUGGCUGAGACCCUGGCACAAGCUCUAGAAGUGCCACCAGCAGACAUAUCCAGAGACACGUCAUUCUUCGCUCUGGGCUUGAACUCCCUCAACGCGAUGCAGUUCGCUCGGUUGCUUCAGAAACGCCUAGAUGCCGUAGUGGGAGUGACGGCAGUCAUGAAGUACCCAAGCAUUGCAAGAUUAUCGCAAGCCCUCUCGAUCUCAUCACCGGACGACUCAAGCCAGAGCACCAGCAAUGCUCUGAACGUGUUUUCGAAAGACGUUGUUCAGGAGGUCCGAUCAAUACUGGCUAAACGUGAGCUGGAGAUCGAAGCCAUCCUACCGUCCACGCCUUUGCAACAGGCAAUGCUGUCAGCGAGCAUCUCUAAAGGGGGCGAGGCCUACUGCAACACCACCAAGUUGAGUAUGUCUGGUGACUUGGAGAAGCUUCGAGACAUAUGGGAUGAUAUGAUGGAACGACAUGCAAUUCUCAGGACUGUCUUCGUGGAAACGACCUCUGUUGCGCAUCCCUAUGCCCAAGUUGUUUUGAGAACACCACCUCAAGUUUGGCACAGCCUUCGUAAAGAUUCUACCCAACCAAAUGGCAAAUCAAAUGGGCAUACGAAUGGACACGCCAACGGGCAUGUCGCUCUUAUGCCCAAGCUACCUCUUGCCACUCCAGAAUCGCCCCUAUCCAUAUACCAAGACGGCACCCAACUGUAUCUGCAGAUGCAUCACGCCAUUUACGAUGGCAUUUCCGUGGCAAACCUCUUCAAUGAGAUGAGUCAACUUUACGAUGGGCAAGCCUUACCUCCACCGGUUUCGUUCGAGCCAUUCUUGGGUGAAGUAAUGCGCCAGAAUGGAGACGCAGCACGCCAAUUCUGGUCACAGAAGUUCCGAGGCUUUCGGCCAAGUCCAUUGCCGCACCAAAAAGACGAUGUUGAAGAGCAGGAAGACGUCCUCGACAGAACAAUCGCAAUUGAGGCACAGUACCUACAGGCCUUUUGUGCGCGACACAGCUGUACAACACUCAGCGUCUUCCAGGCUGCGUGGGUGAAGACACUGGUCUGUGCCCAACAAGAACCAGAUCUCUGCUUCGGCAAUGUAGUCAGUGGAAGGUCUGUCCCCGUGGCAGACGUCGACCGGCUUGUCGCGCCCUGCUUCAACACGAUACCACUCAGAAGUCAAGUCCAGCAUGUCCGUACAAACCUUGGCCUUGUCCAAGACCUUCAUCGAACCAACAUCGACACGCUGCCAUUCCAGCUUACUGGUCCUCGUCAAGUCCAGGCACUCUCACAGAUACCGUCGCAGCAUCUCUUUGACUCGCUGUUACUCCUCCAGCCUUACCAAGAGGAGUCUGACUUAUGGAGUGUCGAAGAGGAUAGAAUGGAUAUGGGGAUCCCACUUGCGCUCGAGAUCAUCCCUCGAGACAAGACGCACGAGCUGUAUCUACACUACAUGCCAAGUGCAGUCUCACAUGCCUUGGCAUCGUCCCUGGUGGAUGGGUUUGUGGCUGCUCUGAUGUCGUGUGUCCGGUAUCCAUCGAGUGCGCCGGAUCAUUUUCUGGAUUUCGACAAGAGCCGCAUCGAAAGCAAGUUGCAGUCCGAGAAAGAGUCGGCAGCUGUCAACGGAGAGCUUGGUGGUUCUACAGAGAACGACGACAAAUGGAGUGAGACCGAAGAAGCGAUUCGCAAGGCGUUCUCCAAGCUGGCAGGUGUCGACCGCGAACGGAUAUCGAAGCAGACCUCACUCUACCAAAUCGGGCUGGAUAGUCUCAAUGCGGUACAGGUCGCAUCUGCGCUACGGCAGCAAGGCUUCAAGUUGGACGCUGCCGAUGUCAUGCAAUAUCAAACCCCUGUUGCACUUGCCAGCUUCCUCAGUUCAAAGCAACCCGAUGCGACUCCCCAGCAAGCAGCCGUGGACCUGUCAGCGUUCGACCGAAAGCACAGAAAAGUUAUUGCCAAUAACUCAAGGCUUGACGAAGACAUCGUAGAAGCUGUGCGGCCUUGCACUCCUACUCAGAGUGGCAUGCUGGCUCAAUUCAUCCAGGCUCAGGGUGCUCUGUACAUGAGCCAUAGCGUCUACGUCGUUCCAGAGUCUGUCAGCUUUGAGCAGAUCAAAGCAGCUUGGGCGGCCGUGGAGCGUAAGCACAAGGUCUUGCGUAUGGGAUUCUACCAGAUGGACGAUGCAAAUACUCCAUUCGCCAUGGUCAUAUUCAGGCCUGGUGAGUUCUUCGAGAAGGUCAAUCUAUCGGAAAGCCUUCAGGAGGAAGCUUCGUUUGAGCAAUUUGCUCGAGACGACGUGUUCAGGGCUAUGUACAUGCCUGCUUGGAGACUGCACCUUGACGCUUCGAAAGAAGAGCGCAGGAUGAGCUUGUCUCUUCAUCAUGCUCUAUACGACGCCGAUUCUCUCCACAUCCUGUUGACAGACUUCGCGAGAGCAGUCCAGGGUCAAAACCUCGGUCCUGCCGCUGAGAUCGAUCAGGCUAUUAUAAGCCAGAUAUCUGGAGCCAGCGAGAACAAAUCGAUCGCAGAGAAGUUCUGGAAGGAGACACUUGAGUCCUCCAGAGCUUUGAAAUUGCCAAAUCUGACGCCUACUAUCGUUACUGAAAGCAGCGCGAAGACGGCCCGUCACCCCUCGUCCAUUACAGUGACGACAGUGGACAGCUUCUGCCGGGCCAAAGGCGUGACCAUUCAAGCACUUGGACAGAGCGUCUGGGCAAUGCUACUGGCGCAGUAUCUCGGCGAGGCAGAAGUGACCUUCGGUACUGUGUUAUCCGGCUCCUUCAGCACGUCUCAGCCUGUGGCAUUUCCGGCAAUCUCAACACUGCCAGUGCAUUGUAACACGAGCAAAGACACGACUGAUCUCGUACACGACAUGGUGACAUACAAUGCUUCCCUCCAGAGACAUCGUUUCACGCCACUGGCAGACAUCCAACGAUACGCUGGAUCGGCGGGCCAGGCUCUCUUUGACACUAUCUUCGUCUAUCAGAAGUCUGCAGAGGACACAGAGGACCGCUUUGACUGGACAGCUGUCACCGAUGAUCUCGGCAUUGACUAUAUUGCGUCGAUGGAGAUGGAGACACCAGAUGCAAGCAACGUCCAGCUUCGAUUGACAUACGACACGCAAUCGAUUCCGACAGAUCAUGCUUCUCUAAUGAUCAGACAGUUCGACGCAACUUUACGGAGCGUGGUGGAAGACGGUCAACAAAGCACAUCUCAGGACAUGGAUCUUAUGUCAUUUGUGCCGGCGAAAGACCCAACAAUACCGUGUUCCGUCAGCCUGCUGCAUCAAUUCGUCGAGCGAGGAGCAAGGACCCAUCCUGAUCGACCGGCCCUCGAGUUCAUUCAUGCUCUUGACGGUGGUGAGAAGACGCGGAAGAAGUGGACCUAUAAGCAGCUGGACGAGCGAAGUAACCAAGUCGCCCAUGUAAUUCAGCAGUGGGGAGUCAAGCCAGGAGGUAUUGUGGCAGUGUGCAUGUCAAAGUGUGCAGAAGCGACCUUUGCCUUUGUGGGAAUCUUGAAGGCAGGCUGUGCGUUCCUUGCGAUGGAUCCGGAUCUGCCACCCGCGAGGAGAUAUUUCAUCAUGGAGGACUCUAAGUCCCAGCUUCUCUUCGUCGAUGAUGGAAAAUUGGAUGAGCAGCUGGACGCAAUCGUGCCCAACAUUGGGCUAAAUGAGGACGUGCUGACGAAUUUGCCAUCAUCGCCUGUCCCUCUGCCGACCAUUCAACCAAAUGCAACAAGCUAUUGCCUAUAUACGAGUGGAACGACCGGCACACCCAAGGGAUGCGAACUCACCCACGAAAAUGCCGUCCAAGCCAUGAUGUCCUUCCAGAGACUAUUCGCUGGCCAUUGGGACGAGAAUUCGAGAUGGCUUCAGUUCGCCAGCUACUGGUUCGAUGUAUCAGUCCUCGAGCAGUUCUGGAGCUGGAGUGUCGGCAUCACAGUAGUCGGAGCACCCAGAGAUCUUGUACUUGAAGAUCUGGCCGGCUUCAUCCAACAAGCCAACAUCACGCACAUCGACCUCACACCGUCACUGGCCAGGUUGCUCACGCCGGAUCAAGUGCCCAGCCUACAUAACUACGUCUUCAUCACAGGAGGCGAAGCUUUGAAGCAAGAGAUCAUCGAUCGUUGGGGUCCGUACGAGACCAUCUGCAAUGGUUAUGGUCCAACUGAGGCGACCAUUGGCGUGACGAUGAAUCCUUUCAUUGGCAAAGAUGCCAAGCCCUCAAACAUCGGACCGCCCUUCGACAAUGUCGGAGCGUACGUGUUCGCUCCUGGAACUGACGAGAUCGUCUUGCGCGGUGCCGUCGGCGAGCUUUGCGUGGCAGGGAAGCUCGUUGGCAAGGGCUAUUUGAACAGACCCGACCUUACUGCCACGGCCUUCCCUUUCCUGGAGCGGCAUGGUGAACGGGUCUACAGGACGGGAGAUCUUGUUCGCCUUUUGGCUGAUGGUUCGGUGUCGUUCAUUGGCCGCGCGGAUACCCAGGCGAAGCUCAGAGGCCAGAGACUUGAGAUCGACGAAAUCGACUCUGUGAUCAAGUCGUCUGCGAACACAAUUUCGGAUGUUGCAUCCCUCGUUGUCAAGUCAAAGGAGGGCAACCGAGAAAUGCUGGUAUCUUUCAUCGUCAGUGAGUCGGUCCGGAGCAAGGAGCUGCAAGUCUCAACCUCUGGUGAUAGCCUCGACAUUGUCCAACGAGCAGAUCAGGCUUGCCGAGAUCGACUGCCAGGCUACAUGGUGCCCACACACAUAAUUCCGCUGACACACCUGCCAUUGACUGUCAACAACAAGGUCGACACGAAGCGGCUCGUCGCUCUGUUCGAAUCCAUGACAACUCAAGACUUGCAACAGCUGAAGGGCAGCAAUGCAACCCGUCGAGACCUACAACCAACGGAGCAAAAGAUCGCCGAAGUUCUCGCCCGUCUCUUGUCCGUGGAUGCCGGCGAUAUGACACCAGACUCGAACUUCUUCUCGCUCGGCCUAUCCUCCGUAUCUGCUAUCAACUUCGCCACAGCGCUCAAGCGGAAUGGUCUCAACGACGCCUCGGUGGCAAUGAUAAUGAAGCAUUCCACGGUCCAAGGUCUUUCCAGAGCCCUUUCGAGAGACAGUGAAGAAGGCCAGGCGGAGCGCAAUGCAAUCAAGCAAGCCCAGCUUACGAUUUCUGCUUUUGCGAGGAGACAUCGUGGGCUAGCAGCGAAGACCAUUGAAGUUGAGGCCUCUCAGAUAGAGGCAAUCGCACCAUGUACGCCACUCCAAGAAGGACUUUUGGUGGAAUCAAUGAAGAGCGAGCGUCGCCCUUACUUCAACAAGUUCUGGUAUGAUGCGACGAUGUCAGAUAUUGAUCGCUUGGUCGCUGCGCUGGAGCGAAUCCAGGAGCUCGUACCUAUGCUCAGAACGGUCUUCUUGAACACCGAUGAAGGCUUCGCUCAAGCAGUGCUUCGCGAGAUGUGCUCAGCUGUGGAAAUCUUGACAGUCGAUGAUGGCAGUCUCGAAGAAAUCCUACAUCAGCGAAGGAAGGACUGGGUCGAAAACGCCACGCAAGAUUUGCUACGACCGUUCGAGAUGUCUGUUGUGAAGACGGCCGAAAAGGCAGUGCUGGCUUUCCACGCGCAUCACGCCUUGUACGAUGGUAUCUCGUGGGACCUGAUGAUGGACCGAAUCGGACAGCUCUAUCGGGGGACGACCUCCGUUGACUGCGGACCAAGCUUCAUAGAUGCUUUGCCAUACGGGCCACUCUGCCAUCGAUCAGACGCAAAAGACUUUUGGCAGCAGAGUUUGCAGGACACACAGUUCGUUCCAAUCACCGCAGCAACCUACGACGCCAACGAUGGAAGUAUCUUUGCCACGAAGACGCUGCAAUUCGAGCCAAGACUGGAAGCCAUAAGACGGCACCUGGCUGUAUCUCACCAAGCAGUGAUGCAAGCGGCGUUCGCUGUGGCUCUGCAUCAACUUUGGCCACAAACACAAUCAUAUGGUGUCGUCCUUUCGGGCAGGUCCAUGAGCUUUGAUCGUGCAGAAGAAGUCGUUGGGCCAAUGUUCAAUACCGUACCGUACACCGUUGGUGUACAGGACACUGAUGACUGGAAGGAGCUGCUUCUUCGAUGCCAUCAAUCGAAUGCGGCUGUGGUACCAUUCCAGCAUACGCCUCUGAGGGAUAUCAGGAAGUUCUGUGGCCGACAUCCAUCCGAUCCAAUGUUCGAUGUCUUGUUCGUGUUUCAGCGACCCAACAAUACAGACGAGUCAUCACACCAAGGGGAUAUAUUCAAGCCCAUAGAGAUACAGCCAUCCGCAGAGUACCCACUUGCUGUCGAAGUCGAGCUUGACAGAUCGGACAACAUCGCCAUCACAAUCGCAGCGCAGAAGCAAUAUGCUUCCGAAGAUUCCUUGGACAAGCUUAUGCGAGACAUCGAGACAGCGCUGGGCUGCAUAGCUGGAGACAUCGACCAGAAGAUCUCGAAAAACUUCAACGUCGAAAUUCAACGCUCGAGUGGCGUGAUCACAAAAGAGACCACCCAGAUACCACAAGUUGACGGGACCUCAGACUUUGAAUGGAACUCGGAGGCCAAAUAUAUCAGGGAUUCUAUCGCCCAGCUAGCUGGCUGUGAGGCGAACGAAGUGUCAGAGAACACAGGCAUCUUCACCCUUGGCCUUGACAGCAUCGAUGCGGUAAAGCUGGGCUCGCGGCUGAAGAAGGCUGGACUCUCCAUACCUGUCAGCCAGAUUCUGAAGGCUCAAACAAUCCCGAACAUGCUUGAAGUACUGGGAAGCAGCAACGCCGAAGGUUUAGCCAGCCCUACGGACACCAGGCUUGCAAAUCUCGAGAGGCAACUGCAGGGCUUUCGAGAGGGUUUCGACGAAGAUGUCCAAGAUGGUAUCGAGCGGAUCCUGCCGGCAACACCUGGACAGGAGGCUCUCAUCGCCGACAUGAUACGUUCAGAGUUUCGACAGUACUUCAAUUCGGAUGUCUUGCGGCUCAGUGAUGAUGUGGAUGUCGACAGGCUGAGAGCGGCGUGGCAAGCUGUGGUUGACUCCUCACCAAUCUUGCGGACAUCCUUCGUCGAGGUCGCUAACCCAGACAUCGACGCCGUGUUUGCUCAGGUCGUGCGUCGCACUAGAAAGAUCGAAAUGGGAGAAUUAUGGCCAGGUACUAUCGAAGAGCUGGAUGAUUACAUCGGCCAGACACGAGUCGACGUGAUGGCCACUCUGGCGACUGAGCCACCUUUCAGGUUGGCAUUUGCGCACGCACAAGACCAGCGCUUCCUCAUAAUUGCCAUGGCGCAUGCUCAAUAUGACGGUCACAGUCUCGCGCUGCUUCACGAAGAUGUUGCGAAGGCUUACUCGGGGGAAUUGAAGCCUCGACCCAUCUAUGACGGGAUCAUCGAUUUGGCUCUGGACGCUACGACGAACAAGGCUCUGCAGUUCUGGAGAGAUACACUGAAUGGAGCGCAACUCACUCGCAUUAGUAGCGUGGAAGAGCCGGCCACCGCAAAAACCCAUCGCGCUGAACGUGUGAUCUCAACAACAGCCCCUGAAGCUCGUAGAUUCUGCAAGACACAUGGUGUAUCAUUACAGGCACUUACACAAGCUGCUUGGGCUCUUCUCCUGGCCAGCCGCACCAAGCAUCUCGAAGUCGUAUUUGGCAUCGUGCUUGCUUGCAGAGACAGCGAGGAGGCCGAGGCUGUCAUGUUCCCGACCAUGAACACGAUCCCAAUGCGAGCUUCCCUACAUGGGACGGGCGCGGAUAUGGUUCGCCAUGUUCAGGGAAUCAACAACGAUGCACGACCUUAUCAGCGAACACCUCUUCGUGCGAUCCAGUCUGCUUGUAGUAACGUUGUGGACUUUCCAAACUUGCCGGGUCCUCAGAGCAGCCUGUUCGACUCUUUGUUCAUCUAUCAGCAGAGACCUGAAGAUGAGGCUCAAGCCCAGCCGUCUCUCUACGAGUCUGUCAACACCAACUCGAACGUCGAAUAUCCUGUGGCGAUCGAAGCUGAAGCCGUGGGUGACGAACUCAUCGUUCGAGUUGCAUGCAAGAGCCAUGUCUUCGAUGAGCAUGGGACUCGUGGCCUGCUUCAGAAGUUUGAUCACGUCCUUGAACACCUCGUCAAGUCUCCUGAGAAAUCUACAAUUAGCUUCUCGAAUGAGUCUGUGUCCAUCUGUGGGCUUCCUGGCUUCAGAUUAAAAGACAACAUCCUGGAAGGGCAGACGAAGGACAUUCCACCUAUCGAUGACAACAGUCACGACGAAGUCGAACUCUCAGACGAGAGUGCCAUCCGCGCUGCUCUGGCUCAAGUAGCCAGGGUCCCAGAAGGCGAAGUCUCUUCUCACACGAAGAUGGAAGCCAUCGGCAUCGAUUCCAUUUCCGCCAUCAAAGUCACGGCGCUGUUGCGAAAGCAGUCAAUCAAACUACCAGUGAGCAGUAUCCUGAAGGCUCAGACUCCACGGCGAAUGGCGGAGCUGGUGGAAUCAAACAGUGCUACACCUGCCUCGACGACAACUUCGAGCGAGAUCAUUCAGAAACACCUCAACGGCAUCGAUGUCGUUCGAGUAGCAGAAGCCAGUGGCAUUAACCCUGACAAUGUGGAGUCUGUUCUGCCAGCAACCGCUGGACAACUCUACAUGCUCUCAAUGUGGCGCAAGACGGACGGCGAGUUGUUCUACCCAACGUUCAGCUAUCACCUCCGGACGUCUAGACACGACCACGAGAUCAAAGCCGCAUGGGAUCAAGUGGUCUCACGCAACGCGAUCCUCAGGACUGUGCUGAUCCCAGUAGAGGGAAAAGUACCUCUGCUCCAGAUCGUGUUGAAGCAGCUGCAUCAAGAAGCCUCCUCAUCCCAGCCAAUGGCCGAUUUUCAGCUCAAGAAGACAGAUGAUGGGUUCAUGGUCUCGUUAACGAUCCACCAUGCACUUUACGAUGCUGUUUCCCUUCCGCUCCUCAUGGAAGAGCUCGAGUCAGCGAUCGAUGGCACUCUACCUCCAGAACCUCGCCUCAAGUUCCCAGGGUAUCUGGCAAGCGCGCUCAGUGCUGAAGCUCAGGCCGCGAAGAAAGAGUUCUGGACCAAAUAUCUGCGAGAUGUGCAGCCGGCAGCCCUCACUCAUCCCAAACCUGCCGCUACUCGCAAAGUGCAGAUCUUCAAGCCACACGCAUUCACUUCGUGCGCAGACCUGGAGAAGUAUUGCAGAGCAUCUAGCAUCUCCGUGCAGGCUCUCCUCUUCGCCAUCUAUGCCAAGACCUAUACCAGCCACGCAAGCCAGGCGAAGGACGUCGUCUUUGGCAUCUACCUCGCCAACCGCUCUCAUCUGCCCGACUUGGACCAACUUGCGGCGCCUACUCUCAAUCUCCUGCCGUUGCUCGUCCGAUCACCCCGAACAGCAGACCUGGCCGAUAUGGCAAAGAAAAUCGACAAGGAUCUAAGAGACAUCGGCUCACCAGCAGCGUCAGCUGCCUCACUGGCAGAGAUCGCAGACUGGACAGGCGUCAAGGUCGACUCGUUCGUCAAUUUUCUCAAGCUACCCGAGCAGAACGAGAAGGCAGUCUCUAAGAACAACGGAACAACCAUCGAAACCAUUGAUGAAUGGACCGAGACCACUUCUCGUGUCGUCGAGCCUCAAAGACCAGGCAGAGAAUCUAUGCCUACCGAGCUGCGCGACUUCAAGCCGUCAGAUGCAUAUCAGCACGCCGUCGACGUCGAAAUCUCCAUGGCAAACGGGAAACUGAGCAUUGGGCUCUUCUGCCUCGAGGAGAUGCUUGGGCUUGAGGAGGCGGAGGAAUUUGUAGCUGAGAUGGUGAGGGAGCUUGAGGGGUGGUUGGAGGAAAGGACUGACAGGGUGUUUUGA